AUGGGAUCCCUAUUCAAGCUACGUGACCAUUGGUACACUAGGUAUGGCGGGGAAGAGUUUAGUCACACACAGCCACUCGCUGUGGGAAAUAUUGACAAUCAUGCAAGUGGGGAGAACAAAAUAAUUAUAGGUUCUUUUUCGGGGUUGCUACGCAUUAUGCAACCAAUGAAGAAGGGUGCGGCCUUACCGGAAGAUACACUUCUCGAAAAGGACCUUGGUGAACCAAUCCUGCAGCUAGCAUGUCGUCCCUUAGAGUUGAACUCUAAAGGAGUUGCAGCAAACCUAUUAGCUGUGCUAUUCCCCAAACGUCUCGCCCUUUUCCGUGUUAGGUGUGGGAAAACUAGGAGUGGAGAAAAGGAAAAUUCUGGUGCCUUUAACGCGUCAUGUAGCAUUCACCUAUGUUAUAAAACGUCCUUGGAGGGACAUGCAUACAAUUUCACGUGUGGUGCUUUUGGUGGUGCUAAGCAUGAGAUGGUGUGCGUGCAGUCGAUGGACGGCCAACUCACUAUCGUUGAUCGCAACCUAGUUUUACUGCGGUUCCUUCUUCCAGAGAAGGAAUUUCUUUUGCCGGGGUGUUUAACAUACUGCCGUAAUAGAGAUUGCUUCCUCACGUGCAACUCCUCAAUGAAGGUUCUGUGCUACAAAUUUAGUGCGCUUACCAACGACCAGCCACAGACGGAAACUCAGGGCGGCGCUCUCAAGAGCAUUAAGUCUGAGGAACACAAGGAAACUUUGACACCCUUGUGGGCGUUUCCGUUAGGUGAGGAUGCAAUUGCCAUUGAAGUGUGUCGUUUUUCCCGUGGACUUGCAGAAAACGACGCUGACAUCGUUAUAUUAUGUCAGUACGCUUUGUUCGUUCUUAAGCUUAACGGCCAGAUGCGGUAUUCGAAGCGCCUGGACGUGGCGGGAUUGUGCCUUACCUCCUACGACGUACCUGCCGCCGGGGCGUCCAAUGUCCUCGUUGGAACCGCAACUGGUUCGGUUUUAGUGUUUUCUGAUACGUCACUCGAGUGGAGUGCAAAAAUGACUGAGGGUGUUCCCUUGUGCAUGGAAGUGACACAACUGAUGGAGAUGCAAGGGCUUGUUGUAUCACUGAACACGGAAGGAACUGUUGCAGUCAAUUAUCUUGGCACGGAUCCGGAGGAGGAGCCAAUUCAACCACUGCAGAGCAAAGAGGUAGAUUACGCUGAAGCUGUUGAUGAACUUCGACGGGUGCAGCAAGCCAUCAAGCGAAUAACAAACGCGGAAGAUGGUACGAGCAAGACGCGGGAGGCAGAAAAGGUAUUGGAGGUGACUUGGGAUGUUAUUGGAGAUGAAGAGAAUUCUCCUGCAGAGGUCGUGGUGCUUCUAGUAAUUCGAAAUUGCAGCAAAGACAUGACGGCGUUCCGAGUCACAGCACUUCUGCAGGUUGUAAUACCUAUUGAAGUGGAUGCUCAUAAACACACCAUAGAGAGCAUCACACCGGGUGGCAGUGCCCGCAUUACAGUGCGAUUCAGCACACCAAGCAGUCUAAAUUAUGUCAUUCCCUCUUCCCUUGACGCACGAGUUGUGAUCCUGUACACAUGUGGCCGCACCACCGGGUGUAGUGUAGGUACCACUAUACAUCUUCCCUUUACCCUUGUGGCCCAGCCGAUACCUUAUGUGGAUGCUUCAAAUUUUGUGUUACAGUUUGACACAAACAAAUCUGAACCCCCAUCACUCAUAGACGUCUUCACCGAUUUUGCGCAAAGCGAGCACAUAUCGUCCAACUUGCUAGCAAUACAGUACGUAAACGGUGCGCACGCAGUCCUUUUCGUAUCGAGGAAUGCUGGGAGGUUUCGAUUGCAAGCCUCAACAAUGGAGGCGUUGUGGCUCUUUACCUUCGAGUUACAUGCAAGGUUACUUACUUUUUAUGAUUCGGAGGUGCAGUUCACCUUUCCAAAUCCUAUCCCAUUGGAUGAUUACUUUCGGGUGAUUGAUGAGCACGUUGAGACGAGGAAGCAGCUCAACACGGCGAAGAAUACACUUGCGCGGGCUUCUCAAAUGUUUUUCGCAGUGCAAAAGCGUCUCUUGGCUCUUUUUCGCACUAACAGUUCAACAUCUGUUGCACUAACAAGUACUCUGUUGGGGGCUUGCUACGGUAACCUUCAGCGGUGCACAGACACCGUUUGUCGACUUAUCUUGCAAAGGAAAAAGGCGGCAGCAUCACUGUGCUGCUGCUCAAGACUCGUUGUAAUGGAUUUGCUAAUAAAGUGCCAAAAGACGCUGACUGAUCCCGAGGAUAUUCAUCUCAUCGAGUCGAUCUUUACAUGUUCCAUUGACGCUGAUGACGAAUUAGACUGGGAAGAGAGCACCGAUGCAGCGCUGGGUCGGCUUGUCGUAGGUAAUAAAGGAAGCUGUGACUUCAUACCGGCAGAUCUUUCCGCCAACGAUGGUAUGUUUGUAGAACCCAACGUCGAGCGCUUGAGGAAGCGGAUUACUGAGUUUUUCGACAAACUUCUCAGUGGAGCAUUGACCUCCUUCCUGAAGUGA